UUCUUCCCAGUUCCCACGACCAGGCAACGGUAUAUAAGAAUCGCCAGCUGCAGCAGCUGGAAUACAGUGAGGAAGAAGACAACGGUACGAGAAAUGGUAAACAGCAGAGGGUAUUCACAGGUGAAAAGAUCAUCAGUGGUCAGAUUUCUCUCAAGAAGACCGUCUCCUUCAGCUAUUACUGUUUACAUGAUCCUUCUCUUUGCCUUUUCACUCUUCAUAUUUGUUUUUAACGCAAGAGACAUAUUGGAUAAUGAGCAUAAAUCUCGCUUCUCUGAAGAGUCUCUUUCUCAGAAUCAAUCUCAAUCUGUGCAGAUGUCCAAUGAAAAACUGUGGGAUACUCCUCUCAACUAUGGUUUACGCGCUUGUGCCAGCCCUACUGCUAAAUAUAAAGCUGCCCAAGGAUGGGACCGCUAUAUAACUGUGAAAAGCAAUGGAGGACUAAAUCAAAUGCGCACUGGUAUUUCGGACAUGGUGGCUGUUGCACACAUCAUGAAUGCAACAUUAGUGAUUCCCCAAUUAGAUAAACGUUCAUUUUGGCAAGACACAAGUACAUUUUCAGAUAUAUUUGAUGAGCUUCAUUUCAUCACAAGCUUACAAAAUGAUGUGAGAAUUAUCAAGGAGCUACCCAGAGAAUUGGAAUCUCUUCCUCGGGCCAGGAAACACUUCACCUCCUGGUCUGGCAUGGGUUACUAUGAAGAUAUGAAACGGUUAUGGGAGGAAUUUCAGGUGAUUCAUGUUGCAAAGUCAGAUUCUCGUCUUGCAAACAAUGAUUUGCCUCUUGAUAUCCAGAGGUUAAGAUGCCGUACACUGUAUCAUGCUCUUCGCUUCUCUCCCCUAAUUGAAAGCCUAGGGAAGAAGCUGGUGGAGCGGCUGAGAUCACGUGGGGGAGGAUACAUUGCUCUUCAUCUAAGAUAUGAGAAGGACAUGCUUUCUUUUACUGGCUGCACUUAUGGUCUGACUCAGGCAGAAUCUGAAGAGCUGCGGCUAAUGAGGGAGAAUACCAACCAUUGGAAGGUUAAAAAGAUAAAUUCAACAGAGCAGAGGGAGGAAGGAUUUUGUCCUCUAACUCCUAAAGAGGCUGCGAUAUUUCUUCAAGCUCUUGGUUAUUCUCCAUCAACAGUGAUUUACAUUGCAGCUGGCGAAAUUUAUGGUGGUAAAUCUCACCUUGUAGAGCUGACAUCUCGGUUCCCAAAUAUUGUUUUCAAGGAAACAUUGGCUACACCAGAGGAGUUAAAAGCAUUUUCUAAGCAUGCUUCUCAGACAGCAGCAAUUGAUUACAUUAUUUCUACAGAGAGUGAUGUCUUUAUUCCAUCAUAUUCAGGUAAUAUGGCCAGAGCUGUUGAGGGCCACCGGAGAUUCUUAGGGCAUCGCAAGACUAUCACCCCAGACAGAAAAGAACUUGUCAAGCUAUUUGAUAAGCUACAAAGUGGACAGCUCAAGGGAGGGUCUUCAUUUUCACAUAUUGUCCAGGAGAUGCACAAGAACAGGCAAGGAGCUCCAAGGAAAAGAAGGGGUCCAUUGCCAGGAGUAAAAGGCCGAGCGCGUUUCAGGACUGAAGAAUCUUUUUAUGAAAAUCCAUAUCCUGAGUGUAUCUGCAGAUCAAAAAGAGCAAAUUUGAAAUGAUCAUUACACUGGCUUGCAAUUUGAAGAAUUAUCUGAUGUGAGGGGUCCCUUUUGUGUGCUAUGAUGACCAACAUUAACACGAGCUUGCAGGUUACAUAAGCCAAAACUGAGUGAGCCAAAGCAGCAGCAACCCAGUUAGUAGAUUAGUUAGGUGGUACUCAAGUGGCCAGGAGAGAGGAAUAGGAGGAAAAUAAUGUAAUAUUAGUCAAUAUUAAAUUCAUCUGGAUUGCUAGAGUAUUAUUUCUCAUGAAAUGAUGAGAACAUUUGAGGAUUCAGGGAGUUCAAAUGGGAUUGUGGUUAGGACUUUAGGAGGUCAAACAGUUGCCUUUUCAAAAAGUAUUAUUUUAUAUGUUAAAGAAAAGUAAUUUAGAAAAAAUUAUUUAUUUGUUUUGGAUUA